UGCCACUGUAGUGAAAGAGCACACCAUCACCAGCUCAGGCUGUCACAGUGGCAGAGACACAAAGCCCUGUGCCCAAUGGGAACCAGAAGCUGACUCUGGAACACAAAGAAGAGAGAGAGAGAGGGGGAAAGAGACUUCAGUUGCCUUUUCAUCUGCAGAGGCAGAGGGAAGAGGUUGAUGCACUAUAGAUAGCGGGAGCGAGGGGGAGCGAAGCAAUUGCAGUCAGGCUCAGUUGCUGCUGUCAAAAGCUGGAGGCUCAGUGAGUAUUAUCAUAGGAAGCUGGUGGAGCAACAUCACAGUCCAACACACACACACUCUCUGGACAGACUGACCGCAGAACCGGAGACGCACAGGCAACACACACACGCCGAGUGAGGACCAGGCUUGCGAACGUGGAUGGACCACCGGUCAAGAUCUGGGUGUCUGGUGCAGUGAUCCAGCCCCAGUGGUGCAAAGGUAGUGAGGGGACAUGGCAGCCGUUCCAGGCCUGGGGUGGCCUGGCCUGCUACUGUUGCUGCUGACUACUCUGCCCUCCACUCAGAGCCAAGGCUGUCCCCAGCGCUGUGAGUGCAUGGCCAAGCUCAAGUCUGUGGCAUGCCAGGGCAAGCGUCUGUCUGCCUUCCCCGACGGCAUCUCCUCGGACACACGUCUGCUGGACCUGAGUGGGAACAGGCUUCGCUGGGUGGAGCAUGGCGACCUCCUCUCCUUCCCUCGGCUGGAGGAGCUGGACCUGAGUGAGAACAUCAUCACCGUCCUGGAACCCAACGCUUUCUCCAGCCUGCAGAGCCUGAGGGUGCUGUCGCUGAGGGGUAAUCAGCUCAAACUGGUCCCCAUGGGUGCCUUCUCACGCCUCACCAACCUCACCACACUGGACCUGAGCGGGAACAAGAUUGUCAUCCUGUUGGACUUCACCUUCCAGGACCUGAAAAGCCUGAGGAACCUGGAGGUUGGUGAUAACGACCUGGUCUACAUCUCCAACAAGGCCUUCCUGGGCCUGGUGGGUCUGAGGGAGCUCACCAUUGAGAGGUGUAACCUGACCUCCAUCUCCAGCCAGUCUCUGUCCUACCUCCGCAGCCUGGUCACUCUGCGCCUGCGCUACCUCAGCAUCUCCUCCCUGGAGGACCAGAACUUCCGUAAACUGGGCGGGCUGCGGGGGCUGGAGAUCGACCACUGGCCUUUCCUGGAGCACAUCUCCCCCCACAGCCUCCAGGGCCUUAACCUGUCCUGGCUGUCGAUCACCAACACCAACAUCACCUCCGUGCCCACGGCUGCCCUGCGCAGCCUGCCCCACCUCAUCAGCCUCAAUCUCUCAUACAACCCCAUCUCUGUGCUGGAGUCCUGGGCCCUGAGGGACUUGGUCCGUCUAAAGGAGCUGCACCUGGUCAACACCAACUUGAUGAUGGUGCAGCCGUAUGCCCUCGGCGGCCUUCGGCAGAUCCACCUGCUCAACCUAUCCACUAACGCCCUGGUAACCCUGGAGGAGGGUGCCUUCCAGUCCGUCAAUACCCUGGAGACGCUGCGUGUGGAUGGGAACCCUCUGUCCUGUGACUGCCGACUGCUCUGGAUCCUCCAGCGCAGGAAGACCCUCAACUUUGAAGGGAAGUCCCCAGUGUGUGCAGGCCCCAUGGAGGUGCAGGGCAGGGCCCUCAGCGCAUUCUCAGACUCUGCCCUCUUCGACCACUUUACCUGCCAGAAGCCCAAGAUACGCAACAGGAAGCUGCAGCCAGUGACUGCCAGGGAGGGCCAGGUGGUGUCUUUUGUGUGCCGGGCGGAGGGUGAGCCCACACCUAUCAUCUUCUGGGUAUCUCCCCAGCGCCGCCGGAUCACUACCAAGAGUACUGGACGUGUCACCGUCCUACCCGAGGGAACGCUGGAGAUUCGCUACGCCCAGCUGACCGACACCGGCACCUACAUCUGCAUUGCCAGCAACGCCGGGGGCAAUGCCACCUACUUUGCCACGCUGACCGUGAGUUCACUGCCUCUGGACGCUGCACUCAUGGCCAACCGCACAUACUACACAGGUGACCUCAACGAGACCAAUCUGAACGACACCAAGGUCUUCCUCAAGUUCACCUUGGACCUCAAGACAAUCCUGAUAUCCACAGCCAUGGGGUGUUGCUUGUUCCUUGGCGUGGUGGUUUUCUGUUUCCUGAUGCUGUUCGCAUGGAGCCAGGGCCGGGGACAGCACAAGAAUAACUUCUCAGUUGAGUACUCUUUCAGAAAGGUGGACGGCCCUGCAGCCAGCGGCGGACAAGGAGGGGCCCGCAAGUUCAACAUGAAGAUGAUUUGAAUCAGAAAACGGGUCACUCUGUUACUAGUAGACUCAGAUGGGGACACAAUAAUAACUUUGGACUUUAUGAUUCGGAUCCCUAUUGGUUCAGAAAUCAACACAUUAGGUGAUCUAAGACAAUGUACUAAAACUUUGUUUUGUAUUUGUAAAUGUCUGUAUCGACAAAAAGUAAAUAGGUAUAUGGAUUUGGUACAGACACAUUUUCUCUCAUUUGCUAUUUGUGUAUUGUGGUUUAUCUUGUGCAGAGGAGUCUGGAUGAUAGUUAAAGAUGUCACUAAAUCCCAUUGACUGUUAAGAUUCAAAACACAACACCACUGCACAGCUCCAUCUGUCUCUCUGCAGUGCACCCUCUCCUUUUAAGGUUCUGAAAAGGGGAGGGUGACCUGGGGCUCCGAGGUAUGGGAACGCAUGGGAAAAAUGACCUUUAUAUUAAAGCAUUGCAUGCAUUAUCACCGCUUUUGCUUACUGGCAUAGAGCAGUAUAGUAGAGGCGCCUGUAGAAGUUGCACACAUGGGGCAAACAUUUGUAGUCGAGGGUCCGGGGAAAAUGUGGCCUUUUAUAUUUCAUGCAAUUCUACAUCAUUUUAGAUGACUGGAGACUAGCAGAAUAUUUUUUAUACCUCACAAAUUAUGAAAUUGUCAGGCUACUUUGACACUGACAAACUGAGAAUCUGAGAUCAAUACAAACGACCUUGUCUUGAAUCCAUCAGUAGCCUAGGCCUAGGUGUGUGGAGACACAUAUUGUACAAUAUGAGGAGGAAAAUAUAGUCAUAAAAAUCUUCCAGUUUCACUGACUCAACCAAUGAUGAGCAGCUCACUCAUGGACAUGGCCGAUGCGCUCGUGCCAAAAGCUUGUCGCUCUCGUUUUACUUUGUAAGACAAUGCUGUUUGCUUAAUAGGCCUAUUUGGAAGUUGAUAACUUGGUAGCCUAAAAUCAGAUUAGUAUUGUCUUUUCGGCAGGAUCCCUUUAAUUUCCAGCCUGUGUUUUCUCGCGAUUGCAUUUUAAAUAUGGCGAAAGGCCUGUUUUGGGUGCAUGCUGUUCACUGACAGAUUUUCCUCUCGUUCCUGACUCUCAGCAUGCCUUGUGAUUGGGCUACACACAAUCCACAGCAAGGCUAUUUAAAAAAAAAUUUAAAAAGAUAUUGAUUCUCUGUAGCUAAAUUAUAGUCCAACUCCUGAUGUAGUAUUCAGAAUUAUGACAUUUCUUUCUGAACAUGGAGGUAAUUCUAUUACUUUGGCAAAUGUAUUUGAAUUCAUCAUGGCUGCUGUGGCACCUUCAGCACCCCUGCUGCGUAUAUGAUUCUAUAAGGAAAUAAAUGAUGAAGUGCAACUCUGGAGAGAUGCGAGUUGAGAGGCUCAUGUCUAUCAGAACAGGGAGAGGGAGAGAGCUCAUAGAAAGUGAAUCUCAUUCUAGUUAUGUGAGGGAUAGAUGCUGUCUUCUCUCUCUCACCGCAGCUAUGGCCAUGCGUUGGUGUAUAAAGGUUACAGUGUUGCGCUGACCAACACAAAUCAAUUCUUAGAAUAUUAGGCACGUUUUAACAUGACGUUUUUAAGGGGGCAGCCAGGAGAAUUACAAAGGAGAACUUGAAUUAACUCUGAUAGCUUUUAUUAGGAUUUUUACAUUUCAAACAGUGAGAAUUAUUUGUCAUGCCAUGAGAGGUACCGGAUCCUGAUAAAUGGGUUCUGGAAAGAAGCAGUCAAAAACUGAGAGGUGCCGGCUCGCUCAAAUUACGCCCUGCUUAACAGUAUUUUAUAGGGUACACUCCCAAGCUAAAACCAUACAGAAUGACUCCAAAUGCAAACUACAUUACAGGAGACGUCCAAGCUCAUCUGUCAUUCAACAGCAUUAAAUGCUGCUACACAUUUGACUAGUUCCAUUUUUCAAAUGGAUUUGUUACGUAAAAUACCCUGAAUGACGAAAUGAAAAAUAUAUAAACCUGGUGUACAGGUGAGUUAUCACAAACAAAACCAGACACAAUUUGCUAUGUGAUCAGAUGGUGGUGGUGUAUUUAGCAAUAGUGACAUGCCCUCAGACUGCACCCCAUCUGAAAAUGAAUACAAAACGUUUUGUGUAUGUAUAUUGUUGUUGUUGGGUGUUCAGAUUUGUUGUCUCAGUUUCUAAAUUACUUGCUAUAUAACCUUUGUUAAUUCAUCAUUGUCUGAUUGCAACUCAAUAUUAGGCAUGUGUUCUUAAUGUUUUGUACCCCCAGUGCAUUUUGUCAUCUUUAAAAGCUAUUGUGGUUGAUCAUAAUGUGUUGUAAGUCAGAUUUUAUGUGGAUAAUUCUAAGGAAAAUGUCCUAACUGGUAAUACCCAGUAAUUUAAUUAUUAUCAGACACAGAUUGCCUGGCACAGAGAUUUGCCCUUUCUGUGCUUUCUAAACAACUUAUGAAGGGCAAGCGUGCAGUGUAUUUGAUCAGUUUCCUCUUUUAGGCUUAGGAAAGCAGUGGGAAGCCUGGUGACCAGCAGUGACAGUGUUUCUCAUCAGGACCCAAGUCUCAGAGAUAUGCAGGAAAAUGCUAAUGUGACAGAGACCUUGGAUGCUGGAAGAGAGGUCACAAUGGAAUGGAGCUAGGCUGUGCUAGAGGGCCUUCCGUGCCCAAUCACAUGGGAUGACAUCAUUUGCGUUCUGCAGAUUAAUUAGAAUAGGAUCAGAAAUUAUGUGAAGAUUACACUGUUCUUGAAUAUUUGUAAAAUGUGUAUUUGAUUAUGAUAGCAGUAUUUUGUAUAUUUUGGAAGAGCAGUUAUAGCUAAGGUUUUUUGAACCAGUAAUAGGCAAAAUUGUUUAAUCAUCCCUCUUAGCACUUUGUGCAGGUUCCUAGCACAUACCUUAGUCAACAUCCGUAUUAGCACUGUGCAGCUGCCUAACACAUAAUCAUUAUUCUCUUUCCACACUACAGAAGAAAAUUCGUAUUGGGAUUUAGGGUGCUAACGUAGCACGGGAUGUGUGAAAUUGACUUCUCAGCCUGAAGUGUCCCGAUUUGCGCCAGCGAAUAACUAGCAAUUCGCACGGCGCUGACUUUUCAGGAGGACGGUCACGUGUGCUAGCAAGGCAGAGGUCAUGAGUUUGCGCCAGGUAUGGACCAAAUCGUGAGAAAGUGGUACUUGCUAAGCAAGCAGCGUGGCAUCCUUUGCACUAAUUUCUGAUCCGUCAUCGGGCUGAUUUAAAGUUAAUAUCAACAUCUGCCUGUCUAUCUGUGGUUUGGCACUAUGUCACGCUAGUUCACUGGCUCCAUAGAUCAUUCCCUCACUCAAUGCCCCAUUGCCAACGGUCCCAAUAGUUUACAUUUGCAGCCCUCUGCUGGAAGAUGCGUAAUCUUCAGCAUCGUCACUGGAGAGAGGUUCACUUCAUUCUGAAUCUAUGUACAACAACAUGUAGAACAGAGAAUCAUGUCAGCUCUUCAUUGCAUUUCUAUCUGCAAUGUUCAACAACUUUUGGCAACUGAUCCUGGACCUGAAUGCACUGCACAUUUAGCAUCAGACCUUCAUUGAAUACUAAUAAUAAAAUAACUACUUUUGUGUUCUGGGAAAAAUAACAAUAUGAUAAACAUUCCCGCGCUUCAGCAUCCUAAAGAUUAAAUUGGUGUGGUUUACAUUGUCCUGCAAAUGUUGGGAGAAUAUUGUAUAUUACUGUAUGUUUCAUAUAAAAAAAUACCCCAAUUCAAUUAAGCACCCUGUUUGUAACAUAUACAGUGCUUCAGAAAGUAUUCAAACCCCUUGACUUUUUCCAUAUUUUGUUACGUCACAGCCUUAUUAUAAAAAGGAUUAAAUACAUUUUUGUAAUCAACAAUCUACACACAAUACCCCAUAAUGACAAAGUGGAAUCAGGCAAAAAAAUGUUUUUGCAAAUUUAUUUUAAAAAACAACAACAACUGAAAUACCUUAUUUACAUAAGAAUUUAGACCUUUUGAGCUGAGACUCGAAAUUAGCUCAGCUGCAUACUGUUUCCAUUGAUCACCCUUGAGAUGUUUCUACAACUUGAUUGGAGUCCACCUGUGUUAAAUUCAACUGAUUAGACAUGAUUUGGAAAGACACACACCUGUCUAUAUAAGGUUCCACAGUUGACAGUGCAUGUCAGAGCAAAAACCUAGCCAUGAGGUUGAAGGAAUUAUCCGUAGAGCUCUGAGACAGGAUUGUGUCGAGACACAGAUCUGGGAAAGGGUACCAAACGAUGUCUGCAGCAUUGAAGGUCCCCAAAAACACAGUGGCCUCCAUCAUUCUUAAAUGGAAGAAGUUUGGAACCACCAAGACUCUUCCUAGAGCUAGCCUCCUGGCCAAAAAUAUCAAUCGGGGGAGAAGGGCCUUGUUCAGGGAGGUGACCAAGAACCCGACCGGCCACUCUGACAGAGCUCCAGAGUUCCUCUGUGGAGAUGGGAGAACCUUCCAGUCAUAUCUGCAGCACUCCACCAAGUAGGCCAUUAUGGUAGAGAGAACAGACAGAAGCCACUCCUCAGUAAAAGGCACAUGACAGCCCACUUGGAGUUUGCCAAAAGGCACCUAAAGGACUCUAAGACCAUGAGAAACAAGAUUUUCUGAUUUUCUGAAUGCCAAGCAUCACGACUGGAGGAAACCUGGCACCAUCCCUACACUGAAGCAUGGUGGUGGCAGUGUCAUGCUGUGGGAAUGUUUUGUCAGCGGCAGGGACUGAGAGAAUAGUCAGGAUCAAGGGAAAGAUGAGUGGAGCAAAGUUCAGAGAGAUCCUUGAAAACCUGCUUCGGGACAAGUCUCUGAAUGGUCUUGAGUUUCCCAGCGAGAGCCCGGACUUGAACCCGAUUGAACAUCUCUGGAGAGACUUGAAAGUAGCUGUCCAACCGGACAAAGUUUGAAAGGAUCUGCAGAGAAGAAUGGGAGAAACUCACCAAAUAUAGAUGUACCGAGCUUGUUGCGUCAUACCCAAGAACACUCGUGGCUGAAAUCGGUGCCAAAGGUGCUUCAACAAAGUACUGAGUAGAGGGUCUGAAUACUUACAGUACCAGUCAAAAGUUUGGACACACCUACUGAUUCCAUGGUUUUUCUUUAUUUUCACUAUUAUCAACAUUGUAGAAUAAUAGUGAAGACAUCAAACUAUGAAAUAACACAAAUGGAAUCAUGUAGUAACCAGAAAAGUGUUAAACAUAUCAACGUAUAUUUGAGAUUUGAGAUUCUUCAAAGUAGCCACCCUUUGCUUUGAUGACAGCUUUGCACACUCUUAGCAUUCUCUCAAACAACAUCAUGAGGUAGUCACCCGGAAUGCAUUUCAAUUAACAGGAGUGCCUUGUUAAAAGUUCAUUUGUGGAUUUGUUUUCAUUCUUAAUGCGUUUGAGCCAAUCAGUUAUGUUGUGACAAGGUAGAGGUGGUAUACAGAAGAUAGCCCUAUUUGGUAAAAUAACAGCUCAAAUAAGCAAAGAGAAAUGACAGUCCAUCAUUACUUUAAGACAUGAAGGUCAGUCAAUAUGAAAAGUUUCUUCAAGUGCAGUCGCAAAAACCUUCAAGCGCUAUGAUGAAAUUGGAUCUCAGGAAAGGAAGACCUAGAGUUACCUCUGCCGCAAAGGAUAAGUUCAUUAGUUACCAGCCUCAGAAAUUGCAGCCCAAAUAAAUGCUUCACAGAGUUCAAGUAACAGACAUAUCUCAAAAUUAACUGUUCAGAGGAGACUUUGUGAAUCAGGCCUUCAUGGUUGAAUUGCUGCAAAUAAACCACUACUAAAGGACAUUCAAAAAUAAGAAGAUACUUGCUUGGUCCAAGAAACACGAGCAAUGGACAUUAGACUGGUGAAAAUAUGUCCUUUGGUCUAAUGAGUGCAAAUUUUUGAUUUUAAGUUCCAACCGCCAUGUCUUUGUGAGACACAUAGUAGGUAAACGGAUGAUCUUCGCAUGUGUGGUUCCCACCGUGAAGCAUGGAGGAGGAGGUGUUAUGGUGUGGGGGUGCUUUGCCGGUGACACUCUGCAGUGAUACACCAUCCCAUCGGGUUUGCGCUCAUUCGUUUUUCAACAGGACGAUGACCCAACACACCUCCACGCUGGACAAGCAGUAGAGUGAUUUGACCAAGAAAUAGAGUGAUGGAGUGAACUGAUACUGAUACUCACAACACUAAAAGAUCAUUCUGAUUAACAUUAAUAUAUAUCCGAAGAAAAGCAUGUAAAAUAGUACAGUACUAGUGUGCAAAAGCCAAUAAAGUUACUGGGUAGUGUUGUGUAUUGACUGCGACCUGGUAUUGUUGAAGGCCCGGAUUGCAGUGGGC